GUAGUUUACGAGAGUCGAGACACUGUUGCAAAAUAAACCUGAGACGUGUCGAGCUGCAUGUGAUGAUUCUCUGAAUUCGAUCGAAAACGGUGGCAGAACUAUUCUUCAGUCUGAAGAUAAGCUACAGUUCAAUAACUAUUGGAUAUGGUUUGUCGUUAUCUACUAGACCGCGUGGCAUAAAUUAUUAAUCCAACUAGUGGUAGGCAAUACAUUUUACAGUGUACUGUAUUGUAGCCUAUACAGUAGUCUUUGUUUUGCAUAAGAGGCUAGAUCAGAAAAUCGUCACUCUUACCCAGAAUAUUUCUUACAUAUUAGUAACAUUAUCAUUACUUACACAUUCGUAACACUAUCAUUGAAAAAUAAGAAAUGGAUGAAUCAAACGGUUCUUCAAAAAGGACUAUUCUGUGUUUAUUUGACGUGGACGGCACUCUUACCCCACCGAGAGAGAAAAUUGACCCUACGCUGGAUGAGUUUUUCCAGUCUCUGCGCAGGAAAGUGAAGAUCGGCAUAGUGGGUGGAUCAGACUACUCAAAGAUCGCAGAGCAGCUGGGUGAGGGAGAUGAAGUGAUACAGAAGUUUGACUAUGUGUUUGCUGAGAAUGGCACGGUGCAGUACAAAGACGGGAAGCUCCUUUCCAAACAGGCCAUCCAGAACCAGAUAGGAGAGGAACUACUACAGGACCUCAUUAACUUCUGUCUCAGCUACAUGGGGCUGAUCAAGCUGCCCAAGAAAAGGGGCACCUUUAUCGAAUUCCGCAACGGAAUGCUGAACAUCUCCCCCAUUGGCCGGAGCUGCACACUUGAGGAGCGAAUCGAAUUCUCUGAAAUUGACAAGAGAGAGAAAAUCCGGGAGAAGUUUGUUGCGGCCCUGCAGGAGGAGUUUGCUGGGAAGGGUCUAAGAUUUACUAGAGGUGGUCUCAUCAGUUUUGACGUGUUCCCUGAAGGCUGGGACAAGAGGCUCUGUCUGGACGUGCUGGAGGGGGAGGGCCUGGACUCUAUCUACUUCUUUGGCAACGAGACGUCGUCUGGGGGAAACGACUAUGAGAUCUUCAACGACCCGCGGACCAUUGGUUUCACAGUAUACUCACCAGAGGACACAGCCAGGCACUGUCGAGAGAUUUUCUUCAAAGCUCCCGCCAAUGAGUCGUGAUAAAUCAUGCAGCAGGCACUCUCACAGUCAGCUUCCCCUGGGCUCCCCCUGCUGUUCAGGGCAGGUACUAAGAGCACCUGAAGGAGAAGAGGUGGAGAUGGGAGGUAAACCACUACAGAUUUGUUAAGUAAUCAAUGCAUUGUCGUUGUAUAAUAUUAUUCUAACUAGCACUGGACAUAUAAAGGGAUCAUCAGUUAUUCACAUUGGCUGGACUCCCAUGGAAAGUACUAUGAGAUGUGGAAAGCUCUGCUUUUUUAAAGGGAUGGUAGCUCAAACAAUGUGAGGAAGUUUACUAAUAUUUUCAGUUUUUUUAUCAUGACUAAGUGUUUCUCUAAGGUUUUAAUGUAAUAUCUGACUAUUUAACAUCUAUCAACCCAAUGGUUUUUGUAGUGUGUCCCUGUAUUUGUAUGUAACAUCAAAUUAACCAUAAUGUCUAAUAAGCCCUCCUGUAAGACAAUCCUCUUUUGUGAAUAUCAUGUGAAGAAUUCUAUACAUUUUGAGUAUAUAAUGUAAAUACCCACUUAUGUUUUGCACUAAUAUUGAUACAGUUAUCUGACUAACUGGGUUUUGGAUCAUUUGUUUUCUUUGUAAAUGUAGGAAGUGACUAGUGUUGUCUUUGAACAAAAUGGAGCAAAACAGGAGAGAGAGAGAGUUGUUUUGCUCUGUGCCAGUCCACUUUCAGAUUAAUCGCCUAUAGAAAAUCUGCACCCCCUUGAAUUUGUUUCACAUUUUGUUGUGUUACAAAGUCAGAUUGAAAUAGAUUUAAUUGUAAUUGUUUGUCAAGAUUUUUACAAAUGUAAAAACAAAUUAUAACUCAAAUAUAAUUGUUCCUUAAGUAUUCACCCCCUUUGUUUAGCAAGCCUAAAUUAGUUCAGAAGUCAAAUGUGGCUUAACAAAUCACAUAAUAAUUUAUAUGGACUCACUCUGUGUGAAAUAAUGGGGGUUGAUAUUAUAUAUUUAGGUAUAUUUUUUUAUGACCACCUCUUGCUCUGUCCUCCCAGGGCUUUUCUGAAAGCUUCAGAAAUAAAGGGCAGUGAUUGGUAGAUAGAUAACAAUAACAUAUCAGACAAGGGGGGUGUAGAUGUUCUACACAAAAUGGUUCUUCAGCUAUUCUCAUAGGAGAACCCAUUUCGGUUCCAGGUUGAACCAUUUUUUAUUCCAGCUAGAACUCUUUUGGGUUCGAUGUAGAACCCUCUUUGGAAAGGGUUCAACCUGGAACCAAAAAGGGUUAUUCAAUGGGGACAGCCGAAAAACCCUUUUAGGAUCUAGAUAGUACCUUUUUUUCUAAGUGUUUAGGUACUGUAGGGAGAAGUCUUACCUCAUCUAUGCAAUUACAUAUAAAUUAUUCCUGCUACUUCAGUCUGCACCACUAUAAGAAAUGGAUCUCACAGAUGGCUUAUACAGCCUUACCAUUACCUACCCAGUAUUCACAGGUACACAUCCUUUAGUUGUAUCAAAUCAAAUUUUAUUAAAAGGUUAAUGCCGUCUGCUACAAAUAUAAUAAUCUAGAUGUCUUCACCCUUCUGCCAAAGGCCAUUAGACCUUCCUGAAUGACAAAGGUCCAGUGGAUUCACUUGUACAGUUUGAUCGACAUACACUAAUUGUGAAAUCAUCAUGUGGUUGUUGAGUACUGUAUUAAUUUGAACUAUGUUCAUUGUAAUAAAUUAUUUUACAUCAUUGUG